CAAUCGCUUCGCUUCUUCGGCGAAUGUAACAAGGAAGUGGCUCUAGUAGCAACAGACCACCAGUCACACGAAAAGGACGGAGCUGUAAAGGUGCACAUUAUAACGAUAAAACUGAGUUGUUCCAGUAUUAGAAUCAGAGCCCAGAAUGUCUUCAGGAGCCUUAUUCCCAAGCCUGAGCUCAGGCUCCCGUAGCUCUUCCAGCAAAUACCUCGUGGAGUUCAGGGCUGGCAAGAUGAGCCUGAAAGGCAGCACCGUGACCCCAGACAAGAGGAAGGGGCAGGUGUACAUCCAGCAGACCGACGACUCCCUCAUCCACUUCUGCUGGAAGGACAGAACAAGUGGAAACGUCGAGGACGACCUGAUCAUCUUCCCUGAUGACUGUGAGUUUAAGAAGGUGAACCAGUGCACCACAGGCAGGGUGUUUGUUCUGAAGUUCAAGGCCGGAUCGAAGCGUCUGUUUUUCUGGAUGCAGGAGCCCAAGUCUGAUAAGGAUGAGGAGUUCUGCCGCAAGGUCAACGAGUUCCUCAACAACCCCCCCAUGCCAGGGGCACUCGGCAGCGGAAGCAGCGGCAGCCACGAGCUGUCUGCCCUGGGUGGAGAAGGGGGACUACAAAGUCUUCUGGGUAACAUGAGCCAUAAUCAACUCAUGCAGCUGAUCGGACCAACUGGACUGGGAGGACUUGGUGGCCUUGGUGCCCUGGCAGGACCGGGACUGGCGAGCCUGUUGGGGAGUGGAGGAACCGGAACAAGCAGCUCCACCUCAAGUUCCCGCAGCCAGUCGGCGGCUGCCACCCCGUCCUCUGCCUCAGGUGGUGCCCGCAGCACCAGCUCUGCCCAGGCCGCCACCACCCCCGUGACCCCCGCGCCCUUCGCCCCCGCCGCCACAUCCCCAACGGCCACCCCCACUACCCCGACCGCCCAGACGCCCGCUGGCGCCGCCCCCGUGUCCUCCGUGGCCAGCCCCACCCAGCCCAUCCAGCUCAGCGACCUCCAGAGCAUCCUGGCCACCAUGAACGUCCCCAACGCUGCCGCUGCCGGACAAGGAGUGGACCUGGCCAGUGUGUUGACGCCGGAGGUGAUGGCCCCCAUCCUGUCCAACCCGGAGGUGCAGGAGAGGCUGCUGCCGUACCUGCCCUCAGGAGAGUCCCUACCUCAGAGCGCCGCCGAGAUCCAGAACACACUCACCUCCCCGCAGUUCCAGCAGGCCAUGAGCAUGUUCAGCAGUGCGCUGGCCUCGGGGCAGCUUGGACCGCUCAUGAACCAGUUCGGCCUGCCCAGCGAAGCAGUAGACGCGGCUAACAAAGGCGAUGUGGAAGCGUUUGCCAAAGCCAUGGAGGGAGCAGACACUAAGACGGAAGGCUCUGGAGGCAAGAAGGAUGACGACGAGGAUAUGAGUUUGGAUUAGAUGGAUGGCUCCCUCUCCUCCUCCUUGCAUACUCACAUGCAAUUCUUCUGUGUGUCGCACACACAUUGUUGUUGAUGCCUUGCAGGAUCCAAGCUAUCUGGAAUGUCUGUUUACCUUUCUUUGUAACACUGAGCUUAAACUACUACAGUACUAUUAUUUUUUAAACUUUAAAACUUACAGUAAAAAAGUAUUUUGGGUGUCAGUAA